CUGAAUCUCGUCUACGUUCACUCCCUCCUCCUCCUCCUCCCGCCAGCUCGCCAUUGCAAGAACCCAGAUCUCCAUCUCGAACGAUUUCGAGCUUUCGAUCCGUUUCCGCCUCGUGGUCGACGACCCGGUUGUUUCGCGAAUACCACCAUGAAGAGGAGCUUCGAUCUAGAGCUGCGGCUCCAGCCGCACUCCGUCACCGACUUCCUGGCGGCGUCGGAGGCGGCGCCGUCGUCGUCCUCGUCGGGAUCUGCCGAGUGCUCGCCCGAGGAGCAGCGGAAGCUGACCAUAUUCUACGACGGCAAGGUCUGCGCCUCCACCGUCACUGAGCUGCAGGCUAGAGCGAUAAUUCUGCUUGCAAACAGAGAGAUGGAGGAGAGGAGCAGCAAGACUCCGACCGGCUCGGAGCCCUCAACGCCGAGCGUGCGGUCGCAGCCCUCGACGCCCAAUUUGCAGGCGCAGGUCUACAGCUCCACGGGCCUCUCCAUGAAGAGAUCACUGCAGAGAUUCCUGCAGAAGCGGCAGCACCGGAGCCAAGCCACCUCUCCUUAUUAUCACCAUUAUUAGUUCUUGAUUCAG